AUCAAAUCCUAACGAUCUCUCCAAGCACUUAAAACUACGAUUCACAAAGCUCAACUCUAUCGUUAAUCCAAUUUCAGGUUAAAGUGUCUUGUCCGAUGUUUUGAGGAGCUGAGCAUCGAACCACCGACCCUACGAUUAGUGAACGACCACAGCUGCCCACAAACAAAUGGGAUGCCAUUUUAAUCAACAAAUAAAUAAAUAAAAUGACAACACAACUGAAAAACUGCAAACAAAGUUGGAAAGAGGUUUCAUGAUGCACACGAUUAAUAAGGAGUGCUGCUGAUUUAUUAACGUGUCUCCUGCUGGUAUUGAAUGACUUAAAGACAGUAUAAAGCAGCUGUGAAUCACAGAUACAUUCAGAAUCCCAUUACUUUAUAAGACAAUGCAAAUACUUCACUGGUUUAAACAAUAGACUGCAUAUAAAAGAUGCACGACGCGUCUCCACUUCCUUCCGAAGAAGCUAGAAUAUCCUGCAUACGUUUGAUGUCAGACUCUGUGCAGUCUCAGUCAAUCAAGAUGUUUCACCCAAUUUUUUACCAAAUAACUAAUUGAAACCAAAUUUACAGCAAACAGCACUUGAACGAACACCAAUGUGAUAAGAACUAUCUAAAAUGACAGAAACCAUGUAUUGAACAUGUACCUUGACUUUAUAGCUUGCUCCAUGUCCCGUCUACUAACAUGGAGGUGGUGGUUUAUGAAAUAUACUGCAGCCAGCCACCAGGGGGCAAUCAAAAUGAUUUGGCUUCACUUUUGGAUAGCUGACAUAUCAUCCAUCCCUGGUUUAAACACAUUUAACUUUAUGUUUUUAAGAGAUUAAACAUACUCACUUAAAAUAUAGUGUUUGCUUCCUAUACUGAGAAAGAUAUGUUACAAAAAGCUUCAGCAUAAAAUUCCCAAUAUCAUUUUGGGGGGAGUUAAGCCUUCUCUGCCUUUUACUCAUGCGUUGUUGGUUUGGACUUGUAUAAAUGCAAAUCUGCGCGCCUGUGAACAAAACAUUGUAUUUGUGUGUCUGCAUGUGUCAGCUGAGAACAUCUUUGGGACAUUUAGCUCGGUCCUCCCUCCUCCAUGUGGCUCUUUGAAGGGUACAACUUGUUUUGGGGGAUUCGAAUAGAUUUAGGAAACACUAAGGCCUGAGGUUAGGCAUGAAGUUGUGAUCAUUAAGGAAUGCAUUAUGUCAUUAAAUUUCCUCAAGUACAGAUGUGUGUUUGUGUGGCCUGGGAGCCCGGUGCUGCAAUCUCUGUUGUUGUUCCAAGAGAGUCACCCGAUGAUUUCAUGCUUUUAAUUUGGUGCAGGUAAGCCCUGUUUUCUGUCUCGACAUGUGUUUGUGGCUGAGUGUCUGUAUCUGUUUAGUCGGCUACCAACAACAUUGCAAUCGGAUAAGGGAUUACACAACAAAGUGAGUUGUCUGAACGCAAAUGAAAGAAAGACUUUGGAAAUGAAGUGUGCCAUCUGUUGCUUGACUCAGAUUUAAUAGCCAGCGGAGCUUCGGAUGAGGCUCAGGUCAACUCAGGAAUUCUUUACAGCUCUACUGUAACCACAUCCCAGCUUGUAGAGUUUGAUUUGGGCCGUAAAAACCAUGUGUUUCUUAAAGCUGCAUUAAUGGAGUCAUCUAUUGUUCAUAUGUGUGUUGUUUACCUCAACCAACACAUAUAUCGCAGAUGUUCUCAUAAAUUUUACAUGCGGUCGACAAAAGUCGUCUUGGCUGAUGGUUUGACCUAUGAUUUUGACACCAAUAGCUUUCUUGUUUUUUGUGUCAAUGAAUUUGUAGACUUUUUCAUUUUCAAGCCACUGAAUUCGACAUGUUUAUAUUUAUAAAAAAAUUGCGUUUUUCAUAUUUUGAACUUCACUAAAAUCAGUUGUGCCAACUAAUCAUCUUUAGUUUUGAUAAUGUCCUCUUUUCGUUCAGAGUACUUGUAGGCCUCAGUUACAUCAACAGUUUGAUGUUACUGCUUUUUUAACACAUGCAUUUACUUAAUAGCAAUAAACGUAAAAUUAAGUAAAGGAAAUUUUGCAAAACUCAAAAAAAAAGAUAAGCAACUUAUCUGAACAAAAGAUCAUGAGUUGGAAAGACUUUUCCAUGUUUGACAAAAUAAUGUCAACUCAGCGAAUAGAAAGUUUAAACCUUUUUUUCUGUUUUCGAUUUGUGUGUGAAGUGGGCUGUUUUAAAAUUAUAUGUGUACAUUAGGAGAUGAGUAUAGAAAAGCCUCUGAGAUGUUUGGUAAGUCUUUUCUAAGUUCAUUUGGAGAGGAACAUCCAAUCCAAAAUGGAUGUGGAUGGGCAUAUUUGUUUGAUUGGCACCAGUCAGCUCUGGUAAUUGCCUCUUGUUUGACAUCUGCUUUGUACAGAUUUAAUUGCAUCAUGUGGCAACACUAGAGACGAUGAGUGAACCUAAAUCCAAUCAGGAAACAUCCACUUAGAAGCCUGAGAGUGACACCGCAUCACAUACCUGUUUUUAAUGGCUCGUGUCAGAAGGGGUUCAGGUUUCAGGGGGUCAGUCUUAUGGAGGCUCAUAAAGCAGUUAGCGACCACACACACAUGUAUACAAACAUCUAUUUCUAUUUCUUUAGUUUAUUUAGGUCUGAUGUUGCUUUGAAAUGUUUAUUCUUAACAUUAAUGUCGUAGUUAUUUAGAGCUAAGAGAUACAUUCUUUUAACUGUAACUUUCAUAUGAGAUGGACAGGGAUACUAUGCUGGCAACUGUGAAAAAGAUAAAAGAUUUCAAAUUGGGACAAAGUUCACAUAGAGAAUGGGGCCAUGUUAAAGAAAAGAUAUGAACUUUGGCUGUUGACUUGGAAACGGUCAAACAAUUAUAGAAUACUUUCAUGUUGCUGUGUUUGUGUGAGGGCUUGUUUUCGUUACCACUUUGGGAACGUUUCCAGCAUAAACACUGACUUUGUGUGUGUGUGUUUCCAUUUCCUUAAGUCAAACAGCAGUAAUAAGUGUUAAAUUAACAUAAGUACUCCAGUGCAUGCUUUAAUAGUGUUUGUGUAUGUUUGUGUGUUAAGUGAGACGGGAAAAUAAAAGAAUGGAACUUUGAAUGGAUCAACACAUUUGCAGGCUGGUCAUGUUUUGGGUCUGCACACACACUGGCUCUCCAGCAACCUCUUUCUUCUCACUCCCAUAGGCACACACACACACACACACACAGAGGGAACCUCAGAGAAAAGCAGGGGAUCCCGAUCCGUCACAGAGAUGACAUCACAGCCUGCCAGUAACAAAAAACUGCUAAACAAGGGAGUCCCCCACUUCCCCUCCCUCCUACACAUCCCACAGAAUGAACAGAGGGAGAGGGAGGGAGUAGUGCUCUCAUUCGUUCUCAGAAAGAGAGAGACAGAGAGAGAGACAGAGAGAGACCCUUUUAAGGGAUUCAAAAGGACACGAGAGUGCACUGACACACGCAGAAACACACUUUAGCUGCGUCUCCAUAGUGACCGGCUGCAUUGCCCCGGCUUGGGGAGGAAAUGCCAAACUCAGUGCUUCAGAGCCGCUCCGCCAGAAAUACACAAACACACAGCUUCAUUCUAAUCCUCUGUCCGGCCACGAUGGAAAAGCAAAAAAAAAUCUUUCCACUUCUUAUCACCCCUGCUACCUCCCCUCUGUUCAUUCUCUCUUCUUCCUGCUCUCACAUGUUUUCCUCUCCCUUCCACUUCCACUCUCUCUCUCUCUCUCUCUCUCUCUCUCUCUCUCUCUCUCUCUCGCUCGCUCUCUCUCUCCCCUGCCAGUGGUAAGUUCAUUGACGUAGACGACAGAGACAUGAAAGAGAAGAACCCCUGGCACACGCCGGUGACCAUCAUCUUCUCUGUGAUUGGUGUCAUAGCGAUUGUUGCCUUGGUGACGGUAGCAGUUUUGCAGAACAGGCCUCUCCCCCAAAAGUACAAGUAUGGAAUCGUGCUGGACGCUGGAUCCUCCCACACGGCUCUGUAUAUCUACGAGUGGCCGGCAGAGAAAGAUAACAACACUGGCAGAGUUGAGCAGACGCUUUCCUGCAAAGUCGAUGGUCCAGGUAUUUCCAGCUACGCGUCUGCUCCGUGGGAAGCCGGGGAGUCUCUGACAAAGUGCAUGCAGCAGGCCAGGCAGCAAAUCCCUGAAAAGAGACACAGCGAGACCCCUCUUUACCUGGGCGCUACUGCGGGGAUGAGAUUACUUAAUUUAGAGAACAGCUUCGCGUCAGACGAGGUCUUUCAGGCUGUGGGGGAAGCGCUGCAAAAGUUCCCCUUUUCCUUUCAGGGAGCGAGAAUCCUCAGCGGCCAGGAAGAGGGCGCCUUCGGCUGGGUCACGGUCAACUACUUGGACGAUCGCCUCAAACAGAGCUUGCAAACCAGAGGCGCCCUCGACCUUGGCGGGGCCUCCACUCAAAUUAGCUUUGUAUCAAAAAAAUUUGACGGCUCUGAGUCCCCCGACAACGCCGUCGCCUUCCGACUCUACGGUAAUGACUACAACCUGUACACCCACAGCUUCCUGUGUUACGGGAAAGACCAAGCAUUACGGAUGACGCUGGCACAACAGACUAAGUCAGGUCCAGGAGCAAUAUUAGAUCCCUGUUUCCACCCUGGUUACACCGAUACAAAGAACUACUCCGUCCUCUACGACAGCCCCUGCGUGUCCGACAGGAAACCCCAGGAAGCUCCUGCCACCUUCAAUCACACAGGGAAAGGAGACUUCUCUCUGUGCCAAGACGUCGUCAAACGCAUCUUCAACUUCACACAGUGCAAAUACAGCCAGUGCUCUUUCAAUGAGGUCUUUCAGCCACGGUUGCAGGGGCCAUUUGGGGCCUUCUCUGCUUACUACUUCGUGAUGAACUUCCUCAAUCUGACAGACACAUCCAUCCCUCUGGAAACUGUCACGGAAAAGCUAUCACGCUACUGUGCUACCCCUUGGAACCAGAUAAAGGAGCAGUAUCCAGGAGUAAAAGUAAAGUACCUGGCCGAGUACUGUUUCUCUGGCACGUAUAUCAUCACCCUACUGACCGAGGGAUACAACUUCACCUCAGAGAACUACCGCAACAUAAAAUUCAUCAAGAAGAUAAAAGGCAGCGACGCAGGCUGGACGCUGGGCUACAUGUUGAACCUGACCAACAUGAUUCCAGCCGAGGCCCCCGACUCCCCGCCUCUGCCCUACGCCGGCUACGUCUCCAUCGUCACCGUCAUCGCAAUACUGCUCUUCGUCCUCUUCAUCUUCAGCCUCCGUCCCCUCUGGCCCCAGUGCUCCAAGCAUCCACAGAUUAUAUAAAACACACACACACACAAACAUAUAUAAUGUAUGUUUGAGUGAAGGUGAUUAAGGGAAUAUGUGGGGAUUUGUGAGUGUGCCGGCAUGAGCUAUUUUACCAAUUUGUGAAUAUAAAGAUUGUCAACUUUACACUUUCCAGCCUUUGUGAGGAUUUCGAAGGUCGACUUCUGCUGCACGACAAACAGUCCUGCAGCUUCACACGGACUCAAAGACAUUUCAGGAGGACAAUUGUUUUCUCUCACCGGGGGAUUGAGCUCUGGUUCCCUGGUUGAAGGACGUUGACUGUGUUUAUGCGUGAGUGCGUUUGAAUGUGUGCGUUUGAAUGUGCUCACCCACAUGAGUCUGCAUGUACAGUAUGUGCUUCGAAUUUUAAUGUGAAUAUGAUAUUGUAUAAAUAAAACAACCCAAGUUUAUAUCAA